CAGGCUCUGUCCGGACUCACUGACCCUAACUGGAGCUGUUCAGUCAGUGCACUGAUCUCUGGACCCUUAUAGGAUUGAACUGAUGGACAGCAUGACGAGCUGAGUGCACCCUGUGCCCCGAUCACAUCGCUGUCUGUGUGCCCUGCUCGGGGUCUCUGUCAGUUCUUCUCCCAUCACCUAUCGACUUCCAUAUGAGUGCAGCUUUCCAGCCUCCUCUCAUGAUGAUGCAGCGUCCCCUGGGCAGCAGUACAGCUUUCAGCAUAGACUCUCUGAUAGGAAGCCCACCUCAGCCCAGUCCUGGGCACUUCGUCUACACGGGCUACCCUAUGUUCAUGCCAUACAGGCCUGUGGUCCUGCCACCCCCUCCCCCUCCUCCUCAUUCCUUGUCCCAGGCUAGCCUUCAGCCCACUCUCUCCUCCACGCAUCCCCAUCACCAGAUCCCCAGCCUGCCCAGCGGAUUCUGCUCCAGCCUGGCACAAGGCAUGGCACUCACCUCUACCCUCAUGGCCACCCUGCCAGGCAGCUUCUCAGCCUCUCCUCAGCACCAAGAAGCGGCCAGGAAGUUUGGAGCUCAGAGCCUCCAAGGAGGCUACAAGAGUGAUGGAGGUCAGUCGGAUGGAGAGGACACUGCCAAAUCGUAUGUCACCAAAGAGGGAACCUUAUUGCCUUUUUCUGCUUCAGAAGCGUCUUUAGUUGGUGCUGUGCGGGGACAGGGGAAGGAAGACCCGGGGAAAGAUGACGACGUGAAGGGAAAGGAGGACACCUACCUGAUGGACAGUGACCUGGACUACAGUUCAGAUGACAACAUCUCCUGCCAGACGGCCCACAAAGAGGAGGACACUCCAGAGGAGAGCCCCCAGAACCCCAACCCUUCCAGUAACAACACGUCUACAGGCAAGAACAGGAGGCGGAGGACGGCCUUCACAAGCGAGCAGCUCCUGGAGCUGGAGAAGGAGUUCCACUGCAAGAAGUACCUGUCCCUCACCGAGCGCUCCCAGAUCGCACAUGCCCUCAAACUCAGCGAAGUGCAGGUGAAAAUCUGGUUCCAGAACCGCAGAGCCAAGUGGAAGAGGGUGAAGGCAGGCAAUGCAAACUCCAAAACGGGCGAGCCCUCCAGAAACCCCAAAAUCGUGGUGCCCAUCCCAGUCCACGUCAGCAGGUUUGCCAUCAGGAGCCAACACCAGCAGUUGGAACAGGCUAGACCCUGAACUAAGACAGACUGCGAUAGACUGCAGGUUUGUGUUUCCCAUACACGCUUUUAGACUGAAAGACAGAAGCUGUACUCUAUUUAUUAUUGUGGCAGGACAGCUGUGUGGACAGAGGGACCCUAUGGCAGGUUUGGACUUCCUGGCAGGCUCUGGGACAUUCAGUGGACUCCAGGACUCCAGUUCAUGAUGGGACAAAAUUGGGGCCCCUGCCUUCUUAUGGGGGACUUAGUGCCUCAUGGA